UCUAAUGGCCAUUUUCCUUUUCCCAAACAAUUUACCUGUUUUUUUGUUAUAUACCAGGGGACAUACCAUGUUCUCAAAAGAUUUAUUAAAGCAGCCCAGGCAUGAUGUUCCAUCUUGUCUUAUGAUGUUCCAUCUUGUCUUACUGAUGUUCUUCCCCAUUCCCCCACCUCCACUUAUAGCAAGGAUGCCAUAGAAUGACACCCUGUCCUAGCCAACAAAACCGGACCCUUAGUCACCAGUUGCCUGAAGGAAAGCAUCAUCAUCAUCAUCAUCAUAAGCCUGCAAAGAACAGCCUGCCAACAGGUGAUCCAUCCACUGCUUUUGUUCUUUCUCUUUUUCAGACCAACAAUGGAGAGAUACAGCAGGUGUUAAAUGUUUAACAGGUCUGAGGAUCACACCUGGCCCAAAGAUCCCCCCCCAAAGGCUGUCAGGUGGGAAAUGCACAACUGUUGUACCCCCUGCUUGUACCUGGUGGUGCUGGAAAGAGCUGCUCCUGGUGAAAUUUGCCUCUCAAAUACGUCUUUGUGCCUGAGUUGUCAUCUUAGAUAGAAAUGUGCAGUAGCUGUACUGUACAUGCAGAAUGAUAUCCAAGAUGGCAAUGUCCUCAUAAGACAUGGAUAUCAUUGAUUUUUAGCAUUCUGACCUUAGACAAAGAUUUGGCAAGACAUUUUGUGGUAAAAUGAAAUAGGUGUGUGUUGUCCAUCUAAUGUCAAAAUUCACCAGGUUGUCUUGUCCCAUUCAUUGUUAAAAGCAAGACUAUGAAUUGAAAUAAAUAUUAUUUUGAAGUUUGUUUUUUUAAAAAAUGAAGAUAACUCUUUUAUAUAUAACACAUAUGUAUUGAUGUGGAUAUCAUUUUAAAACAUGUCACUUACAUCAAGAAUGACAGUGGGAUAGCACCAGUUAUAAUUCAGAUCAGAAUCCACACACAGUAUAAUUUAGGAAGGAGGACAUUAAUCAGUGACCCUAACUGGUUAAAUGAUGCUACUAUGUGUUAGAAAAUAGAGGGUCCCUGGCUGGGCAGCAACUUGACCAAGAAGGAUCUGGGCUUCAUGCAUGUUCAGGUCAUUGAGUGUGGAAUUAUCUUUUUAAAGGACCAACAUUCUUCAUGAUGCUCUCUGUCAGUUAACUUUGUGCAUCUGUUCAAAUGGGUCCUGUAGCAAGAACUAUAGCCCUACUGAUUAUAAAUGUUUGUUCCUUUAAACCAGUGAUGGCCAAACAGCUGUUUUGGGGCUACAAUUCCCAUCAUCCCUGACCACUGCUCCUGUUAGCUAGGGAUGAUGGGAAUUGUAGUCCCAAAACAGCUGGAGGGCCAAGUUUGGCCAUCACUGCUUUAAACAAAAGGGGGGUGUUCCCAGGGGGAAAGAUGGGUUUUGAAUCUGGGGAACCAACAGGGCACCAGGGAAUAGGGAUAGUCAUUUUCCAUUGAAAUCAGGAAUGAGGAUCUAACCCUUUAAAAUUCAUUACAAUUGCUUGGGGGGGGGGUUGAUUGUCAUAAGUGAUGUCAUAGGCACAUGUGCCCAUGACGAUUACACAAGAACACACUUCAAUUAAUAAAAAAAUAUUGCUUAUAGCGUGAGGGUAGGAGAUUUGCCAGCAAGAAGAAGACUGUGUACUGGUAAAACCGGUUUUCCCUGUUGCAGAGCCUCAGUGUGAAGGAAGGACAACUGUGUUCCAUAAUCAAAACGCUCCAGGGUGGGGUGAUUUGCCAAAAAAACCUGGAUGUCUGUACACACCCCUUUAACAAGAGGACCAACGAUGGACAAAAGGCUACUCUUUGAGAAACAGUAUGUAUGGGGGGGGGAAGGAUAUUCAAUUGUGCAAAGGGUCUGGGCUUCUGGUGGGCAUAACCACUGAUGGAAAACCAAGCAGGAAUGUGCACUAUGUGAAAGCAACAGUUAAAAUGAACUAAAUGUUACUGUACAUUUUAGGAAGUGUAUGAAAACAGUGGAAGAUUUUUGGCUAAACACGUCACCUCAUAUGUUAGAUACAUUCAAAAUUGUUGCAUGAAGUUAUGAAAGAUGCUCCAUAUAUGUUGGUUAAUCUUUUUCUUUCUCAACACGCUCCCACAUUUUGUGAAUUAUGAUCCUACAAAAGCUGCAACAUUUUUUUUGCAAGCUGGAAUCCAGAUAGCACAAAACUGUUGUUGUUGCUGCUGCUGCUGCUGCUGCUGCUGUUGUUGUUGUAGCAAUUCACAGGAUAUUAGACCAGAAUCUUCCAAAAUUUCUUUACAUUGUUAGUCUUUUAAUAGUAGAAGAGAGUAGAAAACAAAAGCAAAUAGGGGUUUGUCUUCGUAUCAGUGCAUGUUCCUGUCAUUGUUCCCCAUUACAUAAAUUUUGUACAAGACAAAGCAGAAUGGAACUAACAAUGGAACUAACAAUUAGACUGUGAAUCCUAAAACAUUAAAUUUUUAUCAUGGUGUUUUAUCUCUUCUACAUAAUACAUAUUUAAAACCUUAUCCUCAUAAUCUUGAUUUUUUAACCAUAUAUCCAGAAUCAAUUUAUCAGGGGGUAAUUUGUGUAUUGAUAAACCUUUACACAUUUAGGCUAUGAUCCUGAGAGCAAGUUCCACUGAACUCAGAGGGACUUACUUCUGAGUAGACAUGCAUUGGUUUGCUCUGUUUACAGGCCUGUGGUAAUAAUAAUAAUAACAAUAAUUUAUACCCCGCCCAUCUGGCUGAGUUUCCCCAGCCACUCUGGACGGCUCCCAAUCAAGUGUUAAAAACAGUACAGCAUUAAAUAUUAAAAACUUCCCUAAACAGGGCUGCCUUCAGAUGUCUUUUAAAGAUAGGAUAACUGCUUAUUUCCUUCACAUCUGAAGGGAGGGUGUUCCACAGGGUGGGCGCCACUACCGAGAAGACCCUCUGUCUGGUUCCCUGUAACCUCACUUCUCGCAAUGAGGGAACCGUCAGAAGGCCCUUGGUGCUGGAUCUCAGUGUCUGGGCUGAACGUUGGGGGUGGAGACACUCCUUCAGGUAUACAGGACCAAGGCCGUUUAGGGCUUUAAAGGUCAGCACCAACACUUUGAACUGUGCUCGGAAAUGUAUGAAACAUGGUUCAUACACAUGAGUAAGUUGUUUCCCCUCUCAGUACAUUUGAACAGAAGUAUUUUUAUAAUUCUGUGUUUUUGUAUCUCCAGUCACAAUUAUUUCAACAAUGAAGAGCCACUGACAAUAUAUAAUGCUCUUUAGAAUAGAGAAUCAAAAAUGAAUGAAGCUUGGGUGUCUAGGGGAUACUACAGGGCAAAUGAGAACUAAAAGCAGUGUUGCAGUGGGUGGGGAGAUAACAGACAAACUAAGAAAGGUGUGUUUUCCCGGAGGGGGGGAGGAGUGAAUAAGGUAGGAUAGUUAGUCAAGGCUGGGAGUCAGAUUGCCUACAGUGAUUGCAUCAUGGCUUGUGGGGUUGCCAGCUGACCAAAUACAAACACAUUCAACCUGGCCUGCUCUUGUGCUUUUUAACUGUUGCUUGAUGUGUGAUGUGUAGAAGCAGCUUGUCAAGGUAGAAAGGCAAUCAUUUUCACAACCAACAUCUGUUCAAACUUAUGUUAAAGGCACAGGAGCAAAGGUUGGUGUCUAGCUAAUAGCCUUUCCCCCCAGAUUGGGCGAGGGUUUUUUCCUCCCCGAGAAACUAUCUCAUGGCAAACAAGAAUUCCAGUAGCAAUUCCAGGAAGCUAGAUUGCUGGCAAGGCACCAGAUCCUGGCUGCAUAAAGCACUUAUUUGUUUCUUAUUCAGCAUUAUGCUGCUACAAUAGAACAGCACUUUGUGGUUCAAACAUGAGUUGGUUUAUUUUUGUGAUCCUGCAAGGGAGUAAGCAAGACAGUCACAGGGCUAAACCUGACUGCCAAGUACAGUGGUGCCUCGCAAGACGAAAUUAAUCUGUUCCGCGAGUCUCUUCGUCUUGCGUUUUUUUCGUCUUGCGAAGCACGGCUAUUAGCGGCUUAGCGGCUAUUAAUGGCUUAGCAGCUUAGCGGCUUUAAGAAAAAGGAAACAAACUCGCAAGCCCAUAGGGAAAUUCGUCUUGCGGAACGACUCAAAAAACGGAAAACUUUUUCGUCUUGCGAGGCAUUCGUCUUGCGAGGUACCACUGUAGAUGUUAAUUACAUGACUACAAUUAAUGUGCACUUUUCUUUUCAGUUAUGUACAUCAGCCAGGAAGAAGCUUGACCAUGGGACCAUGUGGGGAGAGAGGGGUGAGUUUAACUCUUCAGCUUCCUUGCUGCUGACCCAGGCUUAAAAACAAAAGAGAGAGAGAGAGAUGUUUCUACACUUGAAAUGCAAAUAGCAGCUUCAGAAAGGCAUUUUUGGGACCAGGAAUGUGGCAGGAAGGCAAAGUGUUAAACUACUCUCCACAUCUCGCAGG